AUGGGUAAUCAACCUAGUAAAGAUGGGCUAUUAAUUGACAACACAAAUCAAAGGCGCAGUCGACCCUCGAUGAGCAGUGCCAACACGAGUCCUGCAGGAAAUCUGAACAAGCAGGAUUACCAACAGCUGGAGAGUAGUCGCAUUGUGCCUUCAAAAUCCUCGAGAUUACUGCCAAAGAAGCAGCAACAAAAAAAGCAGGCGCAACAACAGCAACAUCAGCCGGUGAUGGUGAGUCCAAUACGACAUCAGCUUGUAUUAACAGACCAUGUUGCGCCGCUUGUGUCUCUUUCAGCAGCAAGCUCAUUUAAUGUGUAUCAGCAACAACGUCGAUCCUCUGCAGCAACAACCACUUACCGAGAAACAAGAAGCAUGUCACCCACAUCGAUUACAAGCGAGGAAGGCGAGCCAAAUACGCCAACUUAUUUGCGAUCCUCCUAUGAUGAAUUUGCUCACUCUUUCAUGAAUGACAUCCACACUCAACACCAUCAACAGCAAAAGAAAUUGUCCAGCUCUCUGCCUGUCAAGUAUUCAGAUGGCUUCAUUAUCAACACAACCACACCCACAUUGUCAACACCACUUCAUUCCUUUGAUCAAAUCAGCCGAAGAAGAGAGAGCAAAGAAGUGUGGGUUUAUGAGUAUGGUGCGGAAAAGGAGCGUGAUAGACAAACAAGACAGCAUUAUGUUUUGAAGCAAGUUUUCAAGAAUAAUCUUCAUGUUCAACUCGUGGAGCCCACUAAAAUACUAGAAAGUGCUUGCGGCGUAGGUUUAUGGUCACUUGAAAUCGCUCAUGAUUACCCAAAUUGCCAAGUUAUUGGAAUUGAUGUGGUACCUCCUUCAGAGAAGGAAGGCUGGAACCUUGCUACCGUCAGCUCAUUCAAUACUUCUUCUUCUUUGUCUGCUGGCCAGCUAAAGAAAGAGACCAAUAUCAAAUUUCAGUAUGGUGACAUCUUGCAAACAUUGAUGUUUCCCGACAAUUAUUUUGAUAUGGUGUAUCAGCGAGAUGUAGCUACUGUUUUACCCUUCAAAUUGUGGCCAAAUUUGAUUUCUGAAUUCUUUAGAGUAACAAAGUCGGGUGGGAAACUUCAAUUAGUUGAAUAUGACCUUCUGUUCAAAAAUCCUGGCCCUGUUUUAUCCCAAGUCAAUGAAUGGUAUCGUUUAGCAGCAGCUACAAUCGGUGUCAAUCCUGAUUAUACCCAUUACAUUACUGAAUACAUGGAAGAUGCUGGAUUUGUCGAUGUGCAGGUGCAAGUGUAUGAUAUACCCAUUGGCGAGUGGCCUGAAACAGAAUUGGAAAAGCAGCAUGGCUAUCUUUACAAGGAACAGAUGAGAGCUUUGUUCAAAUCAAUGAAACGCUGGUGGUGCUCUGAAAUCAAAGUAUCUCAGCAAGAGUAUGAUCAAGUAUGUACGGAGGCAAUGGAGGAAUUCGAAGAGUAUCAAAGCUCUGCACGCUGGAAGAUCUUUACAGCCAGAAAACCCUAA